UGGCGCGGUGGGCCCGGCGCGGGCGGCGCCCCGGCCGCUCGGGAGGGUCCCACAGGGUCCCGGCGGGGCCGCGCAGAGCGGCGGGCGCUGCCCCCCGGCCCCGAGCCCCGCCUUGGCCGCUUUGUUCCGAAUUCGGGUCAAACCCCGGGGGAACCGGGGCAGAGGAUGCGAGGGCUGUGCUGGGCAACGCGCCCGUCCUGUCCCGCCGCGGGCGGCCCGCGCCGCCUGGCAGGCUGGGGCACAGCAGGGACGGACCCGGCCGCCCCCCACACGGGCUAAGCCCAGCCGUCCCCUCACGGCUCGCAGCUGGCCUGAGCCGCGGCUGCCCCGCCAGGAGCGGCCGUGGCACCCCCCGCUGGCGGGGCAGCCCUCAGGCUCCGGGUGGCGGCACCGCCCGCGCCCCCGGGCGGCCACAGCCGCUGGCACCGCCUGGGCACCGGCCUCGUCCGCAGCUCAGCCCCCGCAGCUGCCUCAGCCCGGCUGCUGCAGGUCCAAAGAGGGAUGGCCUGGGACUCCUUGUGCAGCCAGGACUUACGGCGGCCGAGGAUAAGAAGUGCCUCAAGCCGGCUGCCCGGCAGUGGGAGCAGCGCUGGGACACCAUCCCUGGAGGAGCUGCGGCGCCUGCUCUGCACACGCACACACCCCACAGAGCACGUGGAUGAAGUCUGGCCAAACCUUUAUGUGGGAGACCUGUACGUCGCUCGUGACAAGGCACAGCUGAGCCGCAUGGGCAUCUCCCACGUUGUGAACGCCGCUGCCGGGAGAUUUCGCAUCAACACUGGGCCCAAGUUCUACAGUGACUUGCCUGUGGAUUACUAUGGAGUAGAGGCAGAGGACAACCCGAACUUCGAUCUUAGCGUUCACUUCUAUCCAGUUGCUCAUUACAUCAGAGCAGCACUGAAUUCCCCAAGAGUUUCUUGCACAUCCUGGGAGCACUACUCUAUGGACAAGAUGACAUCAGGAAGCUGGAAUGCUGGGAAGAAAAAUGCAUAUACAGCAGUCAAAGUAGAUCCUGAUGAGGACUAUUGUACCCCAGGGGCAUUUGAACUGGAGAGGCUCUUGUGGAAGGGAUGCCCACAGUACACUCACGUCAAUGAAGUCUGGCCCAACCUCUACAUAGGAGAUGACUCUUGUUUUACCAGAAAAACUGCGCUGGACCGCUACAGCCUGGAGAAGGCGGGGUUCACCCACAUCCUCAACGCGGCGCACGGGCAGCGCAACGUGGACACAGGACCCGAGUACUACAGCAGCAUGAGCGUGCAGUACCACGGGGUGGAGGCAGACGACCUCCCCACCUUCAACCUCAGCCAGUUCUUUUAUUCGGCUUCCAAAUUCAUUGAUAACGCACUUCAGGAUGAAAGAAGCAAGGUGCUGGUUCACUGUGCCAUGGGCCGCAGCCGCUCGGCCACGCUGGUCUUGGCUUACCUGAUGAUUUACAAGAACAUGACAGUGGUGGAUGCCAUCGAGCAAGUGUCGAGGCACCGCUGCAUCCUGCCAAACCGGGGCUUCUUGAAGCAGCUGAGAGAACUGGACAUAGCGCUGGCGCUGCAGAGGAGGAACAGCAAGAACAGCCUAGCGCCGGCGGAGCAGCAGAACAGCGCCGCCAUCUAGCACUGCCCCGGCACCGCUGUGCUACUGCAAAGAAACUCCGUGAAAGGAGGGAGGGAAGGUGCAGUUAAUUACACGGUCACAAGGAUCAUUGGUUAUGUGCUGGGAAAAAAAACCCAAAGUCCUUUCAAAUACAAUGUCAAGAUGAGAAAGAAGGGAAACCAAAUUUAAAAGUCAUCAUCUUAGGAAGUUCCAACCUUAGCAGAAUUCUUUGUUACAUCAACAAAUAAGUUAUUCUGUCUGCAAAACAAGGCCAAAUAUUUACAACACAAAAGCAAGCACAACUUCAAACUCUCUUCUAGCUGAGUACCCCCAAAAUCCUGAUCCUAACUCAAGCCCACAGCCUUUAAGGGAGUGCAGAUAGGCACUCCUGAAGAAAUCUUGCAGGAAAAGCACUGAAUUUGUUUAGUCCAGAGUCCUGAAAGGUUUCACAGGACUUUGCCUUUUUGUGCUGUUUCCUGGCAAUUCUAUUUCUUUUUUUUUUCACAGUGAUAAUCCAGGGCAGCACAGCAGCUAGAGAGCCUCUACGUGAGGCUCAACUACACCAUGAGAACUAGGAACAAAGCAACACCCUUGAGAAGGUCAGAUGCAUGAGCUACCAUGUCCAGCUACCAUGGACAACAAUUCAAAGAGAUAUAUAAACGUGACAUUUUAGGACUUCCAGUUUUAAAUUGCUUAAUUUGUCCUAAAUCCUUCAACUGCAUGCAUCAUGUCCUUCACAUUGUUAUGAUGAAGUUCAAUGCUGAACUUGUAGAGCUCCAACAGCCCCAUAACUAAUGAUGGAUUAUAACCAGUUCUAAUGAGAUUUUAGAAAAGGCAACAAACACCAAUGAAGCUUUGAAAAAAAUGCCUCUCAGUGACCUAACAGCAGAAGAAAGUUGCUGCAGUGCUUCCAGGCACCGUUCAGAUUUAUCACUACCAAAUGUUUCCUCCCAUCCCAGCUUUAGCCAUCUUAGCAGGUCAUUGUGCUCCCACAUGGUUACAUUUGUUAAUAAUUGCUUCUGUUGACAGUAGUGCUGCUGAUACACUAAUGGGGACACCAGACCGAUUUUCUGCCUUAACUUAUUCCACUUACCCCAUUUGAUAUAAAUUAUCACUGUGUUUUGAAACAAUGCGAGUUUUGCCAGCAUAUGAUAUUCUUAAAAUGUACUUCAGAGGAGGAUCACAAUUAAGCCAUGCUUACCUUUGCUGCAUCUGCAAAAGGUGAGGUCCUCAUCCUCCCUAUCAGAAUUUUACCUAAUUGAAUGUGUCAGGUAGGAGGUAUUUGCUCAGUGCUGAGAGGAAUGACCUGGCCAUCAAGCACACAGAGUUCUCUUGGUCUUUACCAGCUGACAAAAGACUUGGCAACUUUGGUACAGUACAAACAGUGUAAGUCUGGAUACUUGGAAAAUAAAAUACAGGGCAGAAAUGUGCCGUUGAGAACCGCAAGGAUAUGCUACUAACCAGAGUUGAGCACAACUUUAUAUACUUCUUGUAAAUGUUAACAGUGCUUCACAGGCUUGACACCUCUAGUGUGAAGGCUUCCCUGUUCCUUCACUUCCUUUUGGGGCCCAAAACCCAGGAAAUCAUUGAUCUCCAAACAGUAACUGUAGCCAAGGCUGCAGACAACCAUCAUGCAACACUUUUGAUUUAUCGUUUGGAAUUAUCUGCAUAAUAAACAACUUAUCUUUAAACUCUCAGAAAAGCAGAUCACAUUUAACAUAAGUAAACUACUGCUAAAAAACAAUUUAGAUAUCACAAUGUGAACAAGAUUCAUGAUAGCGCUACACAAACUCUGGGACUUUGUGCAAAUCAAAUAUCCCCAUACCUGUAUUAGGAGGGGAAAAACCCACUGGAAAAGAAACCCAGAAACAACAGGGAACUCAAAGUAAUUUGACAUUUCAAAAAUAAAUAAGCACUCACAAUGUGGGUUUAGAGUAAAAAUAUCUUUGGAUGGGGUCCCUCAACUUUUCCACCUACUUCCACAGACCUUCGAAUGCACCUUUUCACACCACCUGAUUGUGUGCUGCAGUUUGAUUCACACAGACACAGAACAGCUCCACCUGCCUUGCAUGGCCCUGCUUUCCUUUACGUUGGCAGGGAAAGAUGAAUGUUUCUUACCAUUUGCUUUACAGACAGUAAUUCUGUACCAAAUGAUAAACUAAAAGAUAACCAAUAUCUGUGAGGAUUCCUCUUUGUCAAGCUACAGGUUGUCUUCUUUCUUUAUCCUGCAUGAGCUUGAUGACUGCUGUAGCUGAAAGAGGAUUUGUCAUUGAUUUACAUGCAUAAUUGAUCACCCUACAGCACUACAGAAAAUUGCCAUUCUUUCUAUUUACCAUGCUGAUGUAAAUGGAGUUUGUUUCCAUCAACCACUCUGCCACGUGGACAAAUUAAACAGCUUAUAAAACUGAGAGACAUCGACAGUGAUCUAACAUAGGAGAUUAGUACCUUUAGCAGUUUUGUUUCUGCUUAUAUCAGAGAUUUUUACAAUGUUAGUAAAAAAUUGGUUGCAUUUUGCCCACUGCUAGGGGAUAAGGCAAGCCUGAGUGCAACAACACUUACCACUCCUGUCUCUGAUAAAGGGCUGAGUGCAGCUUCCUGGACUAUUGGUGUUUGGCAGCUUCCAGAUGAAGCAUGUCCUGCUCCAAAGACAAGGAUCUUUCUAGAAUCAAGUCUUGCCUGAAGGACUCUGCUGGCACAGCUGGGCCGAUUUAGCAGUUCUGAAGUAACAUACUUUUCAUUUACUGCCCAGCUUUUUCUGCCUACUGUUCUCCCAGAAUUAAUGAGACUUAAUCAGAAAAGCAGAAGCUCUGCAACAAGUGACUUCCACAAAGUGAGGCAGCUCUUGCAAGCUGCUCAUCAGCAGUCACAAGCGUCAGCAGCACCGACUCCAGCCACAAGCCAGGCCUGCAGGAAGCACGCGCUGAACAAGGCAGGCUGAUUUCCUUCUGGCCCACCACCAGGGGCACACAGCAUUCUGUAAGAGUGCAUGGCCAAGGAAGCCUCCCACCUUUGACAAGAAUCAUCUGCAAUUCUGUGAAGAGCUUUUUUGAAGACAGUAAAAGCAAGAUCUCAUUCCCCUCUGGGAUGGUGCUAGAGCACACAGUCAAAGCUGACACUGCAAGGCAUGCACAAGCACAGAACAGGUACAUCUGGCAAGGAAAAGACAACCUUCCUAUUUAUCAGAAAUUUUAGUGCAGCUCACAGCUAAACAGUUGUUAUGGGAAAACAUGUAAGAUAGUCCCUUGUCCUCCUGAAAGGAAUUAAAUUCUGAAUUAACAAAAUUAUAUUGGAAACGUGCCUGUUGUGUGCGCAUUAUGCAUCAUUUCCCAACCAACUCUUAACCCAUAUAUUAUAAAUACAGAAUUUUAGCAAUAUGCUGGAAUCAGGGUGCUCUGUUUCAG